AUGCCACCUCAUGUCCCUCGCAAGAGGCUACGGGAGGACUCUCCCGACAGGUCCGAGGGCAAGCCCAAGAAGAAGAGCAAGGCGCCUGCAGCGGCUCCGCCGAGGAAAGCAACUCUCUUCGACGACCUCGACGCGGCCGCUUCGCCUAAGACAAAGGGCAAAGCCUGCCAGAGGCUGGUGGAAAGCAGUGAUGACAGCAGCUCUCUGACGUCUCUGUCAGAUGCUGAUUUCGAGGAUGUCCCAGCUGCAAAAUCCACGGGGCGGCCACCAAAGGUCGAGGAGGACGACCAGGCCGAGGAGGAUGAGGACGAUGAGGACAUAGAGUUCGAAGAUGUCUCUUAUUCAACGACUCUCGCGCCCCAGGAGGCGACGGGCCUAAAGGAUGGUGCGCUCGAGCUGACGUUAUCUCAUAUUCCGACUGCCUCCUACACGGACUUUGGCGGGAAGCGAGGUCCUUCGAAGAAUGAACGUCGGAUCCGUGCUGCGACGCACUGCAUGCAUGUCCAAUUUCUAAUGUGGCACAAUGCUCUUCGGAACACUUGGCUCUGCGACCCGACUGUGCAAGGCAUCAUGCUAUCACAUCUGCCGCCGGGAAUGUGGGAUGAGAUUGAGCGGUUCAGACGAAACAGUGGGCUUGAGGCGCCUGAUGUUCCUACGAAGAAAUUGACCAAAGGAGGGUCCAAGGGCAAGACGAAAGGAAAGAGCAAGACUGCAGCCGCAAAAGCCUCGAGAAGAGACUGGGGUGCUGCAGCGGAGAGACUCGAAAAGGGCGCCGUCGACUUGAGCUUUGGCGAUCCGCUCUUUCGCUUGCUCAAAGCCCUCUCGAAUUGGUGGCGGAAGAGAUUCCGCAUCACGGCCCCCGGUGUCCGCAAAAUCGGCUAUAUGCAGACUAGGCGUAGCACAAGCCUGAUUAAGGGCUACAGGGCGGGCGGCACCAACCCCAAACGAUACGGUGAGCGCAUAUCAGGUCUUGACUGGUUCCAGUUGCGAGCGCAGGAGUGCGCUGGGAGCCGUGAUGUUGGCGCCCAGCUGUUCACUGCCCUCCUCAGGGCUAUUGGUUUGGAGGCACGCAUGAUUGCGAAUCUUCAGCCAGUUGGCUUUGGGUUCAACAAGCUUGAGGAUGCCGAGCCAGAGAAGCAGGAUGAGGAUAUCAACAAGCCACGCAAGCAUUUGGAGGACAGGCUCUCUGGACAGCAGUCUCAUCAACCUGGCAGGUCGCUCCGUCAAAAGGGUCGGGCAAGCCUCAAAGAUGGCCCUGACGACGCACAAGAUGAUGACCUUGACCUGUCGGAUAGCGACGAUGACUCCAUUAUCGAGAUCCCACCACUGAAACCACCCAAGAACACGACCACGGCUAAAUUUGACAAAGACCUGGAAUAUCCUCACUACUGGACCGAGGUGCUCUCUCCGGCGACACAAAAAUAUGUGCCGGUGGAUGCCAUCGUGAAAAACGUGAUCGGCACAAAUAGGGAGCUUACCGAAUCCUUUGAGCCGCGAGGAGCGAAGGCUGAUAAGGCCAAGCAGGUCAUGGCUUAUGUUGUGGGCUUCUCAGACGAUGGUACGGCCAAAGACGUGACAGUGAGGUAUCUCAAGCAGCAAAUCUUUCCAGGACGGACGAAGGGCAUGCGAUUACCCAUUGAGAAGGUACCAGUGUAUAAUAAGAACGGCAAGGUGAAGCGAUAUGACCAGUUUGACUGGUUCAAGUCGGUCCUCCGCGGCUACGUCAGGGGCGGCGAGAAACAACCUCUCACAGACAUUGACUGGGACGAGGAGCUCACCGAUCUCAAGGCUGCGCAGCCCCAGCAAAAAGAAGUGAAGGAUGGUGAAGAGACCCUACAGUAUUACAAGCAGUCCAAAGAUUUCGUCCUGGCACGUCAUCUGAAGCGCGAGGAGGCCCUGCUGCCAACCGCAAAGCCAGUCAAGGUUUUCAAGAACAAGGGCAAGAAGGGUAAAGGCGAAGAGGAGCCCGUGUACCUCCGUAAGGACAUUGUGCAAGUCAAGAGCGAAGAGACUUGGCACAAGCAAGGGCGCGCCCCCCUGCCCGGUGUCGAGCCGCUCAAGAUGGCGCCGUACAGAGUCGCGACGACGAACAGACGGAGGGAGCUAGCGGAGGCGGAGGCUCUUGCCGGGCACAAGGUCCUGCAGCCCCUUUACAGCUACGACCAGACGGACUGGAUCAUCCCACCGCCUAUCGAGAAUGGUGUGAUCCCGAAGAAUCAGUACGGCAACAUCGACCUGUUUGCUGAGCACAUGCUGCCCGAGGGAGCCGCGCACGUUCCCUACCGAGGCGCAGUUCGUGUAUGUAAGCGAUUGGAGAUUGAUUUUGCCGAAGCAGUGGUCGACUUUGAGUUUGGCCACCGCAUGGCCGUGCCCGUCAUCCAUGGGGUCGUCAUUCCUGAGGAGCACUACGACAGCGUCAUGGAGGAGCUGGCCAAGGACGAGGCUGAGAAGAAGCGCAAGGAGGACGAGAAGCGGAGGAAACUUGUCCUCACCACGUGGAAGAGAUUUCUCAUGGGCCUGCGCAUUCGGGAAAGGAUCCGGCGGGAGUACGGCGACGCCGACGGUUCCUACAACGUCUUCGGUCACAGUCGAGACCAGCCUGAGGAGCAAAACGAACAAGUCAAUGGCGAGGAGAUGGCGGGCGGGUUCCUGCCAGAAGGCUUCGAAGAGCCAGAUGAAGGAGAUCAUGGUGCUGUGAAGGAGUCGAGCUUCUUCUUCCCGGCCAACGACGACGACGACGACGACGACGAAGAUGAUGCGGACGAUGGACAUCUAAUCGAGCUUGGGACCAAGUGCGACUCGUGA